GCCCCCGGGCCGCCUCCGGGAUCUAUGUGUCUGCGCUCGCCGCCGGCCGCAGUGGCCAUGGCGCUGAGCGGGGUGCGGGUGCUGGAGCUCGCCGGGCUGGCGCCCGCGCCGCUCUGCGGGAUGAUCCUCGCCGACUUCGGGGCGCAGGUGGUGCGGAUCGACCGCCUGUCCCGCUCCGGCGGGGCCGUGGACGUGCAAGGCCGCGGGAAGCGCUCCCUGGCGCUCGACCUGAAGCGGCCGCAGGGCGCCGCGGCGCUGAGGCGGAUGUGCGGCAYGGCCGACGUGCUCAUCGAGCCUUUCCGCCACGGUGUCAUGGAAAGACUUGGGCUUGGCCCAGACGUCCUUMUACAGGAGAAUCCCAGACUCAUCUAUGCUAGACUUACUGGAUUUGGCCAGACAGGAAUAUAUGCCAAGUCAGCAGGUCAUGACAUCAAUUACUUGGCUUUAUCAGGUGUGCUAUCAAAGCUGGGUAGAAAGGAUGAAAAUCCUUAUGCACCUUGCAACGUUCUGGCUGAUUUUGCUGGUGGAGGUGUCAUGUGUGCAAUGGGCAUUGUUAUUGCCCUCUUUGAACGUGUCAAAUCUGGCAGAGGGCAGGUCAUUGAUGCAAGUAUGGUAGAAGGAGUAGCAUACCUAAGUUCCUACCUGUGGAAAUCACAAAAAUUGGGACUUUGGAGCAAACCUCGAGGUGAAAACCUGCUAGAUAGUGGUGCACCUUUUUAUGAAAUCUACAAGACCUCCGAUGGAAAAUUCAUGGCUGUUGGUGCCAUUGAGCCUCAAUUCUAUGACCAGUUAAUAAAGGGUCUUGGGCUAGAUUCAGAUGAACUCCCCUCUCAGAUGAGUACCUCUGACUGGCCUGAAAUGAAGAAAAAAUUUGCAUCCAUMUUUGCACAGAAGACACAGGCUGAGUGGUGCAGCAUAUUUGAUAGUACUGAUGCCUGUGUGACCCCUGUUUUAUCCCUCGAUGAUGUUGCCUCACAUCAGCAUAACAAACAAAGAAGUUCUUUUAUCAAAAAUGAUCAGGGAGAGAUAAGUCCUAGACCUGCUCCUCUUCUAACAAGGACUCCUGCUAUCCCAUCAAGUGAAAGAGAUCCUUUUAUAGGAGAGCACACAGAAGAGAUACUUCUAGAUUAUGGGUUUACUAAGCAAGAGAUUGCUAAACUUUAUUCUGAAAAAGCAGUAGAAUUUGGUAACCCGAAAGCUAAUUUAUAAUCUCUGACUAUGCAUAUCAGAUAAAUUUCAGACUGAUAGAGUAAGUUUUUAUGCUUUUAAAUUGAAUUAUAUGACAAAUAAAUGCUUAUAUAAUAUUGAUUUAAAAUAUAUAAUUUUAAAUUAUUGACAUUUUAAAUUUAAUGUGAAAACAGUGGGACUUACRUAAUUGUGUAGGUGGAUGAUCUGCUGUCUAGAAUGAUACUGUAAUUGUGAUCUGAAGAUCUACAUAGUUUGCUUGGUAAGCACCUGUAAAUCCUCAGAAUGUUUCUUUAAGUACUGUAUCCUGCAGUUUGAUUCUUUUAGUUCUUGGUUACACCAUUGAUUUGUAAUGUAUGUUGUAAUUACCUGACAACAAUUCUUUUAAUAAAAUAUGGCUAUAUUCUU